AAUGAAUAGAUAAUAACUACGUGGGACAAAAUGGCUGAAGGAACUGUAUUCUAUACUUGUUUGCUUGUAUUGUUCUGCGUGACGACCAUUUCCUGUAAUUGUCCAGAGACCUGGGUUACCUUCGGCGGAAGUUGCUACCUGUUUGCAUUCGGUCAAGAUUCUGACUUCACUGAAGCAAGACAUUAUUGCCAACUCCACCACGACGCCUAUCUUGUCGAAGUGAAUGAUGCACACGAAAACAACUUCAUAGUGUAUUUAUUAAAUAACUUCAAGGAUCAUCUCUGGUGGAUUGGUCUUUCUGAUGAAACAAUCGAGGGCGAGUGGAAAUGGGUCAACUCGGACGCAAGGCCUGAGUUUACGUACUGGGCAGCAGGACAACCGGAUUCAUACCACGGGUCGAACGAGGACUGCGCCUUGUUUCAUGUUCACGCCAACUACACCUGGCAUGACGUAGGGUGUGAUAUAAAAUGUGGAAUAAUAUGUGAGAAAGAAGAAGAAGAGCCGGUGGUCGUUGGGUAGUGACAGGGAGGCUUUAUCAACAAAACAAUUGCGUUUAUCGGACUUCUCAAUCGACCUUGUAUUGAAAAUGAUAACGUACAAACGAUAAAAUCUGUAUUUAUAAUAUCGCUUUAGACAAGAUAAAUCAAUAAAAUAAGCUGAAAAUGUA